AAAAACCCUAAUGGUAGAUAGAAAAUUGUGAAGAGAAGGUGAGAGUGGAGAAAUUUUGAGCGAUGAAGCGUUGGGGAAAUCUAGGCGUAGUAGAGACUAUCUAUGAAGAAGAAAAUGAGUACUCCAACUGUACCUCUUCUCCUUCGCCAUCUCCAUCUCCUUUCUCUUCUCCUGCAACUCUUCGUUCUAGAGUUGAAGCAUGGUCAUUGGCGAGGGGGCGAAACACAGAUGUGCUGAUUCGAGUUCAAGGCACAAGCUUCCAUCUUCACAAGGAUCCCCUGGCAUCACGGAGCGUUUACUUGAAACGGCAACUAACGGGCGUCACCGACUUAACUCUCUCCCCACCGUUAAACAUAACUGCUCACACUUUCUCUCUCAUCGCUGACUUCUGUUACGGGGCCUCCCUUGUGAUGACGCCGUUAAACGUGGCAGCAUUGAGAACAGCUUCUGAAUUGCUUCAAAUGACGGAAACUAAUGAGGACGAUAACGACGACCUGAGGAAGAUAACGGAUGCAUACUUUUGUCAGGUCGUUACUAUCAACCGAGAGUACGCUCUGAUUGUUUUCCGUUCUUGUUUAUGUUUACUCCCGGAAGCCGAAACGGCAGCGUCUCUUGUCAGCAGAUGCAUUGAAGCUUUAAGUUUGACGGAUGGGGGUUAUAACAUGGUUAACUUGUUUGACGACGUUGUAACGCUCUCCGCCGAGGAGUUUGAAAUCGUAGCUGAGUCCUUAAGCGUACGUUUGAAGGGCCACGACGUGCUUUAUCAGAUCGUCGAUCUUUAUCUCAAGGAACACUGGGGGAAGAUACCUGAGGAACAUAAAACCCAUAUAUGUUGUCACAUAGAUUGUAGAAAGCUCUCAUCUGAGCUCCUCUUACACGCCGUACAAAACCCUAGAAUGCCACUGCGGUUCAUAAUCCGAGCCAUGCUGACGGAGCAGCUCAAUACACGCCGCUCUAUCUUUUCAGCGUCUUUUAAUCACGAUUCUCACCGGCAUCGUCAGUACUCCAGAGACCCUAUAACGCUUGGUGCAAUUCUCCAGCGGGAUGCGGCUCUUCGCGAAGCAGCCCAACUCAAAGCUGCAAUGAACGCCACAAGUUCGCGUAUCAAAAACUUGGAAAACGAAAUUAAUGGAAUGAAGAAGCUGUUGAUUGAGACCGAGAAGGAAAGAAGUGAGUUGAAUAAGGUGAAUGAGCUCCUGGUUGAGCCUGCAGAGAAGGAAAGAUGUGUAUUAAUGUCAAGCAGGUCUGCGAGUUUUCAUCUUGUGAACGAGAACUGUAAGAUUGAACGAGGUGAAAGAGGAUCGGUUUCUUCUUUGAACAUUAGGUCUUCAUCGUUUGAGGGUUCACGCAAUGGGACUCCAAGAAUGAAGAAGAAUAUUGCUCGGAGGUUGAUAACGGGAUUAAAAGGCACUUUUCGGGGUUCUAAACAUGGCUCUGAUCAAAACGAGAUUUCGUGAAAAGUGAAAGGUGAUAAAAAAAAAGAGAUAUUGAAGCUCAUGCAUGGAGAUGAAAUGAAGAAGUUAUGGUUAUGAUUAUGGAAGAUGUUCUUGUGUAAUUACCAAUUUACCAUUCUUUUCCCUGAAUUUAAUCGGAUGGAUAGAUGUAGGUAUCAAGUUCUCUUUGUGGACAGAAUUAGUGUAUGAACUUUUUAUGUAAUUUUACCUCGGAUUAAAAUUAUAAUUCCAUAGCCCAAGUGGAGAGUUUGAGUGGCUAA